AUGUGCUUCGACGCCCCUUGGCCACUCUACCACCCCCAACUCUGCAACACCGAUGCCACACGUAGCCUCACCCUCAAACGCUCAACACCCCACCGCAAACCGCCCCAGGCCGCCGGCGCUAACGGCGCCGGCGUCGCGACCGCGGCGCCCGGCGCCGCCGCCGCCCCGGCCGCUGCCCCGGCCGCCGCCCCCGCCGCCGGCCUGACCAUCCAGCUCGUGCAAGGGCCGUCCGGCAGCCUGACCGGCCUCAACAUAACCGUCCCCGACGCCGGCGCGGCAGCGGCCGCCGCCGGUGCCGCGCCCUCCCUCGUCGUCAACGGUGCGGCCGUCCCGCUCACCAGCGCCGGCGGCGCCGCGUCGGCGGACGAGCUGGCGGAGAUCAAGCAGCAGCUGGCGGCGAUCGCCCUGCACGUGAAGGGCGUCGGCGCGCUGGGGACGCAGCUGAUCGCCCUCCAGAAGCGCAUCGCGCGCGUCGAGGCGGCGACGGCGCGGACGGCCAAGGCGGUUGACGACGUCGCCGACGCGACACACAUCGCGCACGGGUCGAUCCUGUACCCAAUCAUCUCCGACGCCCGCGGCCUGCCCGUCGUCCUCAAGCCGACCGAGCCGCCGGCCGCGCUGAUCGUGUCUCGGCUCGAGGGCCGCGCCGCGCUGCUGCCGCCCGGCGCGCGCGCGCUGCAGCUGCCGCGCGACGCGCGGGACCUCCUGACGCUCGCGCACUGCAACGGCGUGCCCGGCUUCAACAUCGUGUCGUUCUCCGCGGGCGCGGGCUCCGGCAUGGCCGCGUCGGCGGCGCCGCCGGGCGCGGCGUCGGCGCGGCGGCACCUCGUGCUCGCCGACGGGCGGCUGCUGCCGGUCUUCAACGGCUCGGAGGGCCAGUUUGUGAUCCCCGACACGACAGUGCCGACCGGCGCGGGGCACCGCAUUUUGGUGGGGAAGCUGCGGCAGGUCGUCGAGUGCGUCGGGGAGAUCUGGAUCGAGCGCGGCGAGGAGCCGCCGGCGUCGGCGGCGCGCGCAUGA